AUGGUAUGGGGCACACUACUUCAGGAAUAUCGUUUCAUGAGAACAAUCUCUAAUAUUCUGAGGAGCAGGCAGAAGAUCAUUCAUCGGGCAGCAGCAGCAGCGCAAGGAGAAGCUUCAGCAUUGAUCACCCCCAGAAGAAAGCCGACCCAGAGUGCGAAAUAUGUUACGGAACCGGCAAAUAUUCGAGUAGAGAAUGGGUACCCUGCAAGAUUAAAUGUUACGAAUGCCCUCAAACGGGAUACAAUGCCGUUACCUGUGCACCUUGUGGAGGAGAGGAGUGUACGAUCUUGUGUUGGCUGUAAGGGAAUGGGGUUUAUCUGGGACGCGGCCCUGGUUCCAGUCAAGAAGAAGUGCAACUGUAUGGGCAAGUUUUAA